AUGUUUGUUUUCUCCUGUUUCACAGACCUAAAAGAAGCGCAUCUUCCCAAUGAGCAGGAGGAGGAACCACAGUCCCCUAACAUACUUGAGGAAGAAGAGGUACCACAUUCCCAACACAUUAAAGAGGGAGGAGAGGAACCACAGCCCCCCCACAUUAAAGAGGAAGACGAGACGCCACAGACCCAUAAUGUUAAACUGACCCUUCACAUUAAGAAGGGAGAGGAGGACCCACUGACCCUCUACUUUAAAGUGGAAGAGGAGGACCAAGAGCCACCGUACAUUAAAGAGGAAGAGGAGGAAGAGGGCAUCAGUCAGCCUAAAUGGUUGGAGGAGUUCCCAGUGACUGGUGUCCCUAUGAAGAGUGAAGAUGAUGAGGUGAAAGGUGAAAGUGAGGAGAGGGGAGGGGGGGAGCCUCCAAGCAGCAGCUCAACACAACACAUGACAACAGAAGCUGAUGGAGACCACUGUGGAGGAUCACAAGCAGACAAGCUCUUAGCUCCACUAUCAGAUAGUGAGGACACAACGUCACACUCUCCUGACACUGAUGAUGAAGACUCUAAAGAUGAUAAGACAUGUCACACUGACAACACUCGCUUCACAUCUUCUCACUGUCACAAAACUUUUAAAUACCAUUGUCGUCUGAAAGUACACAUGAGAACACACACUGGAGAAAAAACUUUUAUCUGUUCACUCUGUGGUAAAGGUUUUGCACAAAGUUCAAGUUUGGUAAAACACAUGAGAACACACACUGGUGAAAAACCUUUCUCUUGUUCAAUCUGUGGUAAAGGUUUUACACAAAGUCAACAUUUGAAAUCACACAUGAGAACACACACUGGUGAAAAACCUUUUUCCUGUUCAACCUGUGGUAAAGGUUUUACAGAAAGUCAGAGUUUGAAAAGACACAUGAGAACACACACUGGUGAAAAACCUUUUUCCUGUUCAAUCUGUGGUAAAUGUUUUACACAAAGUCUAUAUUUGAAAGUACACAAGAGAACACACACUGGUGAAAAAUCACAUACCUGUUGAAUAUGCAACAGAAGCUUUUGUGACCGAUCAAGCCUUGUAGCACACAUGAGAAGACACCCAGGAGAGAAAGUGUUGAGUUGCAGUGUGUGUGGUGAAAGAUUGUCUUCUAAGUAGCAGUGUAAGAAACACAAGUGUGCUGGUGAGAACAGCAGCAGCAAAUGAAACUGCAGGAUUUGAAAUAAACUGUCCAGACUUUCAUUUUGACUUUCUAACAACAUCAGCACAUAUAACAUGUGUGACAUUGUUGUUUGUCUAACAAUCUUGUUAACAUGCUUCUAUAUUUAUACACUCUUUUUUUUUCAGUCCAUUACAUGCAUUAAUAUGCAACAUUGUGUACUUUUAUUAAAAUUGAAACAAACUAAUUUGAAAAGGUGAGAGUAAACAGUAAAAUACCUUUUAAAUACAAUAAACAUUUUAUGUGUGUAUAUAUAUUCAUCAGACAAUUUUACACUUAUUUUAUUCUGUUUUAGAUAGAUUAGAUAGUACUUUAUUUAUUCCUUCAGGAGAGUUCCUUCAGGAAAAUAAACAUUUUCCGUACAAUCCCAUUCAAGAUCAUACAAACAUUACAGGGAGACAGAACAGGAUCGCUGACGGGUCUGCCGGCUUCCAGCGCCCCUUACAAAAAAGGUGAGAUACAGGUAAACAAGGGGG